UCUCUGAUAAUCAUAGCGCGCCAAGAGACCCGUAACACUACAAAACUAAACCGCCUUUGCACUUCGUACCGCCAAAACGCCCCCCGUCGGAACCACCGCCACCACGACGGCGACGAUCGACGGUCGACGACGGCGACAUUUGUAAAAAUGGGAAAACCAAAACAACAAGUAAUUUCCCGCUUCUUUGCACCAAAACCAAAGAACGAAAAAGACCCUAUAACUUCAACUUCAACCUCAACUCCUCCCUGUACUCUACCUCCCAAAAUUACUACCACUGUCACCUUUUCACCUGCAAAACGCCUCAGAACUUCUCAACUCACUUCUCCUCCUCCCACAAAACACACCAAAAUCCCUAAGCUAUCACCCCACGUACACAACCCACCCCCUCCUCUUCCUAACCCCACUCUCCACCAGAGGUUCCUGGAUAAACUUCUAGAACCAUCUACCGACCUUCUGGAACCUUCCAAAUGUUAUGAUAUUCGAAACCCCAAGUACACACCAUUAGAGCAACAAGUUGUGGAGCUUAAGGCCAAGUAUCCAGACAUUUUAUUGAUGAUCGAAGUUGGUUAUAAGUACAGAUUUUUUGGUCAGGAUGCAGAAAAUGCUGCUAGGGUUUUAGGAAUUUAUGCACAUAUGGAUCACAAUUUCUUAACAGCUAGUGUACCGACUUUUCGGUUGAAUGUCCAUGUAAGGAGGCUGGUGAAUGCAGGAUACAAAGUUGGUGUUGUUAAACAAACGGAGACUGCUGCAAUUAAGGCACAUGGCUCAAAUAAAUUGGGCCCUUUUGGCCGUGAGUUAUCAGCAUUGUACACGAAAGCUACUCUGGAGUCUUCGGAAGAUGUAGGGGGUGGAGAUGAGGGGUUUGGGUCAUGUAAUAACUAUUUGGUUUGUGUUGUCGAGAAGGGAAUCGAGGAUUUUGAUUUUGGGAUUGAGGGUUGUAGGGGGUUUGAUGUGAAAAUUGGGGUUGUUGGGGUUGAGGUUUCGACGGGGGAUGUUGUUUAUGGGGAGUUUAUUGAUAAUUUUAUGAGGGCCGGGUUGGAGGCGAUGAUCCUCAACUUGUUGCCAGCUGAAUUGCUUGUUGGCAGGCCUAUAUCUAAGCAGUCAGAGAAGCUGCUACUGGCUUAUGCUGGACCGGCAUCUAAUGUUCGGGUGGAGGAUGUAUCAUCAGACCAGUUCAGUGAUGGCGGUGCUCUUGCUGAAGUGAUGUCUCUAUAUGAGGGCAUGCGGGAAAAUUAUUUGUUAAAUGUCCAAGAAAGGGAAGAGGCUGAGGUGAAAAUGCACGAACAGAAUCGAAUUGCAAUCCAGGGAAUUAUGGUAAUGCCUGGUCUGGCUAUACAAGCAUUGGCCUUAAUUAUUAGACAUCUAAAACAGUUUGGUUUGGAAAGAGUUCUGUGCUUGGGAGCUUCAUUUCGUCCCUUCUCUGGCAACAUGGAGAUGACCCUUUCAGCCAAUGCACUGCAGCAACUUGAGGUGAGUGGUUUAACGCUCCCCCACCCCAAAGCAGAUAAACCAAAGAAAAAAUUUGAUAUAUUCCAUUAA